CGAAAACAUAACUCCAACCACCGACGAGAACGGAAGGCAGAGUAACGAGCAACAAAUAAAAUUAAACAAACUCACACGCACACUAAUUAUGCUGCGCGCGAUUAAAACGCGGCGAAGUGUGGCGCAAAUUUACGCCAGAGCCAACGCAAGCAACCGCCUAAGAUAUGGUUCGGCAGUGAGUGAGUGAGAGUGGCAAGCGCAAGAACCGGUUCACACUUACGGCAACCACAUCGGUGCAGUUUGGGGGGCGAGAGCAGGAAGAUCACUUCCUUCUUUCUAUCGUCGGUGGGCCGGGCCGGGCGAAAACGUUGUCCUUGAUUAAAAUGUGCCGCAAAGCACACGCGCACGGCGUGUUCCCCACAAACGUGGCCGAGUUUCCUACGCCAGGUGUCGUCUGUCGGUCGGAUUGAAAACAAAAGGUCGAUGCGCGAUCGUUGUGUCAACAAGAAGUUGAUCACAAUUUGAAUUGAUUCCAGUUUUGUGUGAUAUUUCUACACAACCACAACAAUCAGAGUGAUGGUGCUGAACGCUACGACGAAACUGUUUCUGCUCGUGGUCGCCCUUUUCCUGACGUUCGUCGUCGGGUUCUUCGCUUACGUGCUCAGCCUGCGUCACGAGCGGGCGCGGUUGUGGAACGAAAUCGAGCGGCGGGGCGCCGCACGGUACACGGAGCUGGGCGACAUCAACUACUGGUACUUCGUGGUGCGUGACAUGGACAAAAUACGCAACAUGACCGACAUCCACUACCUCGAGCGGGCUUCGCACAUCGUGCCGGUGGACGACGGUUUCAUACUGGUCGGAAAGGAUUACGAAAUUCACUACGAGCGGAUCCGUCCCCCGAAGUCCGCUGGCGGCAUAGCAGCGGUGGUCCACCAUCCACCGACCCACAGUCCGCCGCCCGCCUCUCCGGAGGCAGAAGAUUACAUGCCGACGGUGGUCAAGCGGAAGCUGUACGCUUGGGAAAUAGGAAAACCAGCGCCACCAGCAGCCGAUGCUCCCACGGCCGUCGUUCGGACACGCUGGAAGCUGGGCGAACACCGGAUCCGGAAGCCGCCAACGGGAAACACAGUCCUGCCAUUCAACGACAUCGACGAGGGGCGCAAUGAGCAAUAAUAAUGAGAGCGCACGUGAUAUGCGGGUAACGUGUUGUGUGAUCACCAAAAAUCUGUCCAACAUCGGGUGGCGAUGCAUUUACCUUCCCUCCGUGAAACAAGAACUGAUAGUAUUCGACUUCCGAGGGAACUGCUGACAUUUUAAACGGUGCUUGAUCACCUGACUGACACUCGGUCAGCGGAGUAAGUGGAAUAUAUCGCGCCGCGCAAAUGGCAGAGAACACUUUCCAGUGCAUUGAAUUGGACAAACACGGCUGUGAAUCAAUAAGCUAUAGCGCAUGGAGUUAUGGACGUUAUUUUUGUUUUAAAUCGAACUUUUGAAGCAUUAAUCCCGACGGGGGUGAAUAGACUGUAAGUAGCGGCAGACAUCCAGUGACGAAACAUUCUUUCCGCUACCGUAUCGCGAAGGGAGUUCUUAAUUCGAGCUACCAGAGUUGUUGAUAGGUUGUGAAUUGUGCGAAGCAAUGGAGUGGAAAAUUCCUGAGUGUAUACGACGGUUGCCAUAACCUGAUCAUCAUCCCAUCAUGGAGGUUUUCGAAAGAGAUCGGCGGUCAUUUCAGAUCCUCGUUUGAGAAUCAUAAGAAUUCCAUCAUUGCAAAUGAACUUACAGACUUACGCACCGCAUCGAUUCAUUGAUUAUUUCAAUACGUAUUCGUUUUUUAUACUGUUUAAUUAAACUUCCUUAAAAAACUAUGUUUUGCAUUAACGGAGUAAGAUAUGCGCCGAAUUCGUAAGUUAAUAAACUAUCGCUAAUGUUGUU